CGUCCCUCCCACCUCCCAGCAGAGGAGAGCAGACUCCACAACACUCUGCUCCUCACUGCUGGAUUACUGUGUGUGUGUAUGUGUUUGUGUGUGUGUGUGCGUGUGUGUGCCAUCACACCUGUGUAUGAUCUUACCUGGAGCUUUAUUUCUAGAAAGAUGCUGCUUUGAUACUUCAGGUGUCUGUGAGGUGUGUUUCUAGAGGUUGAAGAAGAACUUCUUGUUUCUACUGAUUGACAGCACAGGAGCAGCAAGUUGAUGAUCAUCACACCUUAGCGGGAAUAUCAGCAAACAACAGCGGAGAAGGAGAUGAAGUUUCGAUUUGGGCUCAGGAUCUCUUUGGUCCUAACCAUACUGGCUCUGACUCUGUAUGGAGGCGGUGUUGAAGGACAAAGGGCAGGUUGCAAGAACGUUCACUAUGAUCUGGUAUUCAUCUUGGACACCUCUUCCAGUGUGGGCAAGGAAAAUUUUGAGAAGAUCCGGCAGUGGGUGGCAAACCUUGUGGAAUCUUUUGAUGUAGGUGCGGAGAAGACGCGUGUGGCUGUGGUUCGCUACAGCGACCGUCCCACCACCGAAUUCAACCUGGGCAGGUACAAAUCCCUUGAGGAUGUCAAGCGUGCUGCUGGGAACAUCCGCUAUCUGGGUGGGAACACCAAAACUGGAGAUGCGAUCAGCUUCACCACAAAAAACAUCUUUACAGAGAGUGCAGGGGCGAGGCCUGCCUCUAAGGGCAUACAGAAAGUGGCGAUUUUGCUAACGGACGGCAGGAGUCAGGAUUUUGUUUUGGAGCCAUCGAUUGCUGCAGCAGCUGCUGGAAUCAGGUUGUUCGCUGUAGGGAUUGGGGAAGCUCUGAGAGAGGAGCUGGAGGAGAUUGCAGCGGAACCCAAAAGUGCUCAUGUGUUCCAUGUGACAGACUUUGAUGCGAUUGACAAGAUCAGGGGCAGGUUGAGGAGGAGACUCUGUGAAAAUGUCCUGUGUCCAAACAUGAAAGUCCAGGCAGGCCGGUUCAGGCCGAACAGCACGAGUGCUGGACUGACAGAGGUCCCAGGAUUUGAUUUGAUGGAGUACUUCAAUGUCAGAGAUUUUCUUGGAGAAAAAUUUGAGCCAGGUCAGACCCCCUAUGUCCGCCUUGGUACCGUGCCCAUCGUCCAACAAACAGAAGAUGUGUUACCUCAGGGUCUGCCUGAUGAAUAUGCCUUUGUGACCACAUUCAAGUUCAGGAAGACCUCUCGUAAAGAAGACUGGUACCUGUGGCAGGUCUAUGACAAAUACGGCAUCCCGCAGGUCUCCAUCCGCCUGGACGGGGAGAACAAAGCGGUGGAGUACAACGCUGUGGGCCUGACAAAGGAUGCGGUCCGGGCCGUCUUUAAGAACCCAGAGGUGGAAGAUCUGUUUGACCGUAACUGGCAUAAGAUCGGCAUGAGGGUGGACUCCAAGUCAGUGUCCCUGUUCCUGGACUGCAAGCACAUUGAGACGCUCCCCAUAGAGGAAAGAGAAGACAUCGACAUCCAGGGAAAGACUGUCAUCGGCAAGAGACUCUAUGACAGCGUUCCCAUUGAUUUUGACCUCCAGAGGAUGGUGAUCUACUGUGAUGGUAAACAGUCUGAGCAAGAGACAUGUUGCGAUAUUCCUGGUGGCCCAUGUGAACAAUCUCUGGUGACUGAAGCACCUCCACUCCCGCUGCCCACCCCAAAACCAACAAGUGCUGAGCAGAAGAAACCAGCCGCUGUCAACUGCUCCUGUCCUGCAGGGGAAAGGGGUGAGACAGGUCUACCAGGUGCCGUGGGGCCCAAGGGUGAAAAGGGGGAUCCUGGUCUUAAAGGGGCAGAAGGACCACCAGGAUCCAAAGGGCAUAAAGGAGAACGUGGCCAGGCUAUCUCUAUCAAAGGUGAUAGAGGAGAGAAGGGGGACAGCGGCGAGCGUGGUGAACCUGGAGCCAGAGGAGAAAGAGGAGAAAGAGGAUCAGACGGUUUACCCGGUCUGGGUGGGAAACACGGAGAUAAAGGAGAGAGAGGUGAACAAGGAGUUGCUGGUAAAGCUGGGUUACCUGGACCUCUCGGACCAAAGGGUAUCCAAGGAGAUGCUGGUCCACCUGGCGCACCGGGUGCUCAAGGGGUGUCUGGUGUCGCUGGAGUUAAAGGAGACAAAGGAGCUUCCGGAGAAAGGGGUGAACCAGGUUUAGACGGGUUCUCAGGGAAACCAGGUCUUCCAGGACAAGAAGGCCCUAGGGGGCUGAUUGGUGCUCCUGGUGCAAGUGGAGUCAAAGGAGAAAAGGGUGAACGAGGUCCUGCUGGAUUACCUGGCGAUGCAGUUCAGCUAGCAGGAUUGAAGGGGGCGACUGGUAUCCCUGGUGAACGAGGACCCCCAGGACCGGACGGCCCCCCUGGACCUCCUGGCCCACCUGGACCUGAAGGUUUGCCCGGUGUGCCGGGUGAGAAUGGACAAAGGGGUAGAAAAGGUGAUGCAGGAUUGCCGGGAGUUGAUGGUCUUCCAGGACCACCUGGUCCUCAGGGGCCUUCUGGGCCUCCUGGGAGCCCUGGACAAACAGGACCUCCAGGAUUACCUGGUGAAAUCGGCUUCUCAGGAAAACCAGGAGAAGCAGGAAAACCGGGCCUGCCAGGAAAAGAUGGAUUAGAUGGUUUCCCUGGAAACGACGGCGAGAAGGGGCAAAGAGGAGAACCCGGACAGGACGGCUUCCCUGGUAAACCAGGACCUAAGGGAGAUGAAGGCCCUCCAGGACCACGAGGACCUCCUGGUGAACGGGGAGUGUCUGGUUUGCCUGGAGAGGUCGGCACAAUAGGACCCAAAGGAGAGAGAGGAGGCCAAGGAGAAAGAGGAAAAGAUGGAUUUGCUGGCUCGAAAGGAGAGAAAGGAGACAAGGGUGAGACUGGCCCCAGGGGUCCAGCCGGGGUCCCAGGCAAUGUGGCCAAUGUGAUUCCUGAACCUGGUGAACCGGGUAAUCCGGGAGAGAAGGGCGAGAAAGGAGAUCAAGGAAAACCAGGCGAGAUGGGUCAAAGAGGACUUCCCGGAGAGCAGGGAUUCAGAGGACAAGCGGGACCUGCGGGCCCUAAGGGGGAUGCUGGAGAAAAAGGAGAGGCAGGGAGAAACGGAGACCCAGGUCCACCUGGAUUGAUGGGUCCUCAGGGGCCCCGGGGGCUGCCAGGCAAUGUGGGUAUUCCAGGCAGCAUUGGUCCACCUGGGAUCGCUGGACAGAGAGGAGAGAAGGGAGAUGCUGGUAAAGAUGGACCUUCCGGACCCCCUGGUCCAACCGGUGAGCCUGGUUUAAGAGGAGAAAUCGGUUUGCCAGGAAAAGGCAAAGAGGGACCAAAGGGUGAUACUGGAGCUUCAGGUCCACCAGGACCUCCCGGACUGAAGGGUUUGCCUGGUCCACAAGGAAUGCAAGGGAUGCCAGGAAACAGAGGACCACCAGGAGAGGGAACCACUGGACCCGAGGGGCCUCCCGGGCCUGCAGGGCCACCAGGACCAGCGGGUUUGGGAGGACCUCCAGGAGUGAGCGGACCACAGGGACCCCCGGGGCACAAUGGUUUACCAGGAAGACCUGGAGAGAAGGGCACCCCUGGAGAACCAGGAAAAGCUGCAGACAUUUCUGAUCUGAACCUGAAGGACAUUUGCUCAGAUUGCCCCCCUGGACCAGCUGGACAACCGGGUAUGCCAGGACCUCCAGGUGAAAAAGGUCUUACUGGACCACCUGGGAAAAACGGAGAGGAUGGAUAUGUGGGUCCUCCAGGACCAACAGGGCCUGCAGGACCACCUGGUGCUGAAGGAGCCAAGGGGGUCAAAGGUGACAGAGGUCCUGCAGGAGCACCUGGAGAUAAAGGUGAAAAGGGCCCCCCAGGACCUCCUGGUUAUCCAGGAGCGGCGGGAGCUAUGGGUCAACCUGGUAAUGAUGGAAACCCUGGACCUAUUGGACCACCUGGAGCUCCUGGAGAAAAGGGAAAAGAAGGGCUUCAGGGAAUUCAGGGACCACCAGGUCUACCAGGUCUAAUGGGUAUGAUGGGUAAAACUGGAAAGGAUGGAAGACCAGGAGAAACAGGAGAGCCGGGUAAACAGGGAGAGCCAGGACCACCAGGAAGAGAUGGGCUCAGAGGAAUGCCUGGUUUCAAAGGUCACAGAGGGGAACCAGGACCACCAGGGUCAAAGGGUGAAGAUGGAAAACAGGGUGUUCCUGGACGUGAGGGUUCACCAGGGAAAGACGGUAACACCGGACCACCGGGGCCAGAGGGCAUGAGAGGACCACGAGGGGAAACCGGUCAGCAUGGAGAACCAGGAUCAGCAGGCAAGCCUGGAUCUCAGGGAAAUCCUGGUCAGCCAGGACACAAAGGUGAAGCAGGGAGUCCAGGAUUACCCGGCUUCCCAGGUCCAAAAGGGUCAUCGGGUCUGCCUGGUCCGAUUGGCCCAGAGGGCAAACAAGGCAUGUCAGGAAAUCCAGGAGACAGAGGACAAAAGGGAGAAAAGGGUCAUAAUGGAAUAAAAGGAGACAGAGGACCUGUGGGAGAUCCAGGCAUUCCUGGUAACCCUGGGCCUCCUGGCAGGAAGGGUCACACAGGAAUGAUGGGCAUUUCGGGAACCCCAGGGGAAGUGGGUCCUGCUGGGCCACCUGGUUCUCCAGGACACCCAGGUCUUCCAGGUCUCCGAGGUGAGAUGCCAUCACUGGAACAAAUGCGGCGGCUCAUUCAAGAGGAACUCGCCAAACAGUUGGAUGCUAAGUUAGCUUACCUCAUGGCUCAAAUGCAGCCUGCGCAUAUCAAGAGCUCAGUUGGCCGCCCCGGUCCACCUGGUCCAUCAGGUAAAGAUGGACCUCCUGGCCGACAAGGUCCACCUGGAGAGCCUGGAAUACCUGGACAAAAUGGAGCAGAAGGAUCCAGAGGUCCAGUUGGUCCUAAAGGUGAACGAGGUGCAAGAGGUGAAAAGGGAGAGGACGGCGCUGGACAGAGAGGAGAGCCUGGUCCAGUUGGUCCUAUGGGUCCUGCAGGUAUGCCGGGAUAUGGAAAAGACGGCCUUCCUGGAGCCGCAGGCGCUCAGGGAGAGCCUGGUAAUCCUGGUCCUCAUGGUCAGCCCGGACCUCCUGGACCGACAGGGCAGUGUGACCCCUCACAAUGUGCUUACUAUGCCAGUCUGGCAUCAAGACCUCAUACCAAAAACGUCAAGGGGACUUAAUACACCCCCCACUGUCCUGGGAUAACCACCUAUUUAUGAACUUGGACAUUCAAGCCAAGAGCAUGUUCUUUAACAUUAGGAGAACUACAGAGUCUGAGGGGUGAGUGAAUGUGUGUGUGUUUAUACGCGUGUUUGUCACAGGCUUUUCAAUACAGUUAAUGUGUUCUUGAACCCAGAGAUAAGGCCACUUUUAAUCCUGGGUUAAGUGUUUCACACUUUAGGUUUUGAUAAGGUGUUAGCAAGUAGCAUUAGCACUUUAAACUCUGGGUUAUGAAGUUUAGUUCGAGCAGGAUUGACUCUGAAUAGUGGUGCUGAAGGUAUAAAAUGUUGAAACAAUGCUAGAUUAUUAGGAUCCCACCGCCAUUAAAUACAGGUUUACUUUUUUUUUUUUUUUUUUUUUUUACCAGACUUUGAAAAAUCAUGGAAACUUUAUGGAAAUAACUAUUGUGAAUAUACACUUUUCAUUAUAAACUUUAAGUCUAAAAAUUUUACAAUUUAGAAAAAAAGUUUUCUUUCAUUGAAUCAGAUCAGCUGGUUUACAAAUUGUUCAGUUAUUCAACAUUUAAAAUAUUCAAAAUUACUUUUAAUUCUCCUUAUCUGUUAUUCACAAACAGCUAAAAAAUGUAACUAAAAAGUCACUGAAAUUAAUUGCAAAAAAAUUAGGGGACUUUAAACCUCAUUAAAUAACAGAAGUGUUAAUGUUUAGUUUCAGUGCCUGAGAGACAGUUAAACAUGCUAAAAGGAGGCAGAAAAUUAUUAAUAAAACAUGUUGAGUACUGUCCUUCAAUGCCCAAUCAAUGUAUUUCACCUCACAAAAAUGUAAAUAAGAAUGUUAACCCAGGUUUUACUAAUGUAGAAUGUGAAACAAACUGAUUACCCAGGAUUGAUCGCUAACUCAGUAUGGUGUGAAUCCUAUUAAAGGGUUAGUUCACCCCAAAAUGAAAAUUAGACUGUGUUUUACUAACCCUCAAGGCAUCCUAGGUGUAUGUGACUUUCUUCUUUCAGACGAAUCCAGUCAGCUAUAUUAAAAAUGGUCCUGGCUAUUCCAAGCUCUAUCAUUGCUGUCAGCGGGUGUUUCAGUUGAACAGUCCACAAGUCGCCAAAUAAAGUGCUUGCUUGUUUUGCUCUCUCUCCGCGUUCGUCACUAAUCACACAACGCCAACGUCUCACAUCAUCCGCCGGAACGGCUUCCUCGUAUGACAGAUAGCGGAAGUGAGAGAAAAGUUUAUUGUGUUUGAAAUAUGGAUAUUUUUCUUACAAAAAUGCAUGGAUUCACUACAGGAAGCAUUCAUUCACCCCCCGGAGCCGCGUGAGGCACGUUUAUUAUGAAUGACUUGUGGACUGUUCAACUGAAACACCCGCUGACUGCAAUGAUAGAGCUUGGAAUAGCCAGGACCAGGAACCCGACUGGAUUCGUCUGAAAGAAGAAAGUCAUAUACACCUAGGAUGCCUCGAGGGUGAGUAAAACACAGUCUAAUUUUUCAUUUUUGGAUGAACUAACCCUUUAACCCAGGGUUAAAAAUGGCCCUUGGUUAAUGGUUUUAAGUGUGAAAAUCCCACUAGCGUCCUGCUGGUCAGAGUUGGUUAAGAUUUUUUUUAUUAGAGGAGGGGUGGGUGGGUGUUUAGUGAGUUUAAGCUCUAGGUCAUUUACUUCAAGUCAAGACUUUCAAAGUUUUCCGUGUAACAGGAUGUGAAAGAAAGACAUUUACUACCCAGACUGUGAUCUCAUAAUGACACAGUCGAGGUAGUGCCGCCCACACUCAAGUUCUGCAGACGGCGUUUACUGCGGUCAUCGAUCCAUUGUUAGUGAUGUCUGUAGCAGGUCAGGAUGUGCUUAUGAAGUCUGGGGAAUUCUCUACUUGAGUUUUAUUGAUGAAGCGCUCUGUUGCUCUGGGAAAAGACACAGCGGGACACUUUUCCACUCAUCAUUAGAAAAUCUCAUUAGAGGUCCUGGAGGUGAUGGAGAAAUGUAUUUCUGCUCUUUUUACUCUGCGCUUUGUAAGAUAUAUCUCUUUUGUAGCCAUGCAUCAGAUAAGUAACAUGCCGUUUUUUCAUUUUGGAUCACUAAACUUGUGUCUGUGAUGCCUGAAAGGUAGCUGCUCAGUGCAAUGCCUGUUUGAUAGAUUAACUUGGCUUGUUUGUCAUAAAAACUAUACUAAAAAAGCUGUCACUGCAUAAAUACACAUGACUGAUGCCGCUUAUAAUGUAUUUGUAAUAGGUUUGUGUAGCACUUUGCUUUAAAACACCAUUGUGUUAGUUAUUAUGGAAGUUCCAGAACACAAAGUCCUAGUUAAAGCAGUACUGUCAUUUGUGGCACCGAAGCGUUCAGAUGGAUCGAUCCUGCAGAUUGUUCCCAUACGAGCCAAUUAAAGUCAUUGAAAGAGAAGAGACUGCUUCAGAACAAACUCUCUUCAGACCACAAACAGGGACAGAAUUCAUCUUCAACUGACGGGCAUUGUAGCAUCAAUGAGGUCAAGGAUAGAUUGCUGUUAGAAGGCUUUUGAGCAUUUUGUUGUUUUUGAGUUCGCUUUACUGAAAUUGUAAUAUCCAAAAGAAACAAAUUGACUUUUUAAUCUUAUUGCCCAAAUGUUAGUUUUUUCUUUAAAGAUCUGUUUUUUGUUUUCCCUUAAAAUCAUGUUAUCCUUGAAAGGAAUUUUCAGUGUUAUUGUACAGGUAUUAUUUUUUGAAUUAAAUAACUGACCUCUUCUUUGUAGAGCUUUUACCCUCUGAUCAUCAGGUUCAAAGGACUUUUUUUUUUUUUUUUUUUUUUUUUUUUUUUUUUUUUUUUGCAAAAGCUAAUACUUCUUAUUUUAUACAAACAUUUUAUUUUAUUUUAUCUUAUUUUAUCCCUAUACUUACCUGACAGAUAAUAGUCUGAAAGAUGAAGUGGUCUGUGUUUUUUUCUUGCAGCCAAUCAGAAAGUCCUUUUGCCCCUCAGUCAGUUUGCAUGUUCAUGUUGGCUGUUUUUGCAGGGUGAGGUAAUGUUAAAUUUAGCAAAAUAGCUGAAAUAACUUACAGCAUCAUUGGUGGAUAAGAAUGAUUUGAAUAUGUGGAUUAAUCAUAUUCUAAUGCAAAACCAGAUGUGAUACUGUAUAGGCUUGUUGUUUACCUUCUAAUUCGAUGACCAUGAUAAAGCUCUUAGUAAUUAGUUUUAUAAAAAAAAUUUGCCCUGCCUUCAAGAAUCACAUUCAAGAGAUUAUGUUUUGGUGUGUUAUAUUGCAAAGCUUAGCUUAUUAUUGAUGCAAAUUUAUGUAAAUUAUGCUUUUUUGAUGCAAGCCAAAGAAAUCAUGUUUUCCUCCACUUUAUUCAAAUAUGUUUGCUUUUUGACUUCGUAUCCUCCUGUUAUUUCGGCUUCUUCAAGCCGAUAAUGACUGUAUUUGUUUUCCCAUAUCAAUUUGCAUUAAAUUAUUCUAAUGAACUACAGGUGCAGGUGAUGUAAAAAAGUAUAAUCUAUGCAUGGUAUAUUUCACUUGUUUAUACUGAUUCUCUGGUGCUACGGUUAAUCUUAUUUAGGUUGAUGUGUAUAUGUGUGUGUGUUUGUGUUAAUAACAUCUGGAUCAGGUCCAUUUUCUAGGAUUGGUUUGUUAUUGUGAGAAAAAAAUAAAAAAUAAAAUCUGUUAAGUUUAUACCACAUACAGUGUUCAAGUUUGCAUGUUUUAUUCCUGAAACAGUCUAAAUGAACAAAACAAGAAUGACCAAUUGUAUAAACUAACAUAAAAGGAUUAUUUGUUAAGAUAACUUCCAUACUGUAUGUCCAUGUACAUUUUUAAGUUUGAAAAGGUGUUUCAUUUUUGAAAAGACAAUUUUCAUUUCUGUAAUUCUUCUUAAUCGUCAAAUACAACAUGACUAAGAUUUUUAAUAGCUUAAUUUUCAGUUUUAAUGAGUUAAUGUUUUAUGAGCUUUUUCUUAAAAGCUUCAAAAAUUCUAAAUUAUUUUCUUGAAUUAUCUUUAGUAAUGCACUUACAAUUGACUUACAAUAAGAGUUUGUGCUAAAAUCACUUUUUCACCAUUUGUGCAAAGCUCUUAUUUGUCCAUUGAGUGGAAAUCAAACCCCAUAUGAGUGGAAAUUAGUUUAUGUUGUAGUUGACAAUAUGUUAUAAUGCUGUACAUGGAGUUUGUGUAUUGAACCAUACAUGAUUAUGUGCCAAUAAAAUCGUAAUUCUGGAAUAGU